UGCAGUGAAGAAUCAUGUUAAGCUCGGCUACUGCGGAGAGCCCAAGGUAGCCCAAUGAUGGAUUUUGAUGAGCGUGGUCCCUGCUCCUCUAACAUGUAUUUGCCAAGUUGUACUUACUACGUCUCGGGUCCAGAUUUCUCCAGCCUCCCUUCUUUUCUACCCCAGACCCCGUCUUCGCGCCCCAUGACAUACUCCUACUCCUCCAACCUGCCCCAGGUCCAACCCGUGCGCGAAGUGACCUUCAGAGAAUACGCCAUUGAGCCCGCCACUAAAUGGCACCCCCGCGGCAAUCUGGCCCACUGCUACUCCGCGGAGGAGCUCGUGCACAGAGACUGUCUGCAGGCGCCCAGCGCGGCCGGCGUGCCUGGCGACGUGCUGGCCAAGAGCUCGGCCAACGUCUACCACCACCCCACCCCCGCCGUCUCGUCCAAUUUCUAUAGCACCGUGGGCAGGAACGGCGUUCUGCCGCAGGCUUUCGACCAGUUUUUCGAGACCGCCUACGGCACCCCGGAAAACCUCGCCUCCUCCGACUACCCCGGGGAGAAGAACGCCGAGAAAGGGCCCCCCACGGCCGCCGCGACCUCCGCGGCUGCCGCGGCUGCUGCCCCCGGCGCGACCGCAACUUCAAGUUCGGACAGCGGCGGCGGCGGCUGUCGGGAGGCGGCGGCGGAGGAGAAGGAACGACGGCGGCGCCCCGAGAGCAGCAGCAGUCCCGAGUCCUCUUCCGGCCACACUGAGGACAAGACCGGCGGCUCCAGUGGCCAACGCACCCGCAAAAAGCGCUGCCCCUACACCAAGUACCAGAUUCGGGAGCUGGAGCGUGAGUUCUUCUUUAGCGUCUACAUCAACAAAGAGAAACGUCUCCAACUGUCCCGCAUGCUCAACCUCACCGACCGACAAGUCAAAAUCUGGUUUCAAAACAGAAGAAUGAAGGAAAAAAAAAUUAACAGAGACCGGUUACAGUACUACUCAGCCAAUCCACUUCUCUAAGGCUCCAGCCCACUGGAAUUGGGAGGGGGGGCUUCAUACAUGUGAAAUAAUAUGCAGAUUUUGCCUUUGACAAGGUCAAGACAUACAGUGAUUUGAGAAAAAGGAGAUGUUGGAGAGAGGGUGGCUACAAGGAGGUAGCCCAACAGAAAGGGGCCUGCCUGGAACUCUCUCAGUUAAGAUCUCCAUGGUUAAGAUUCCUAUUAAUAAUUGGAUUCUGAGAGUUCUGAAUCAACUAGAAUGAAUGGUUUGGGACCCCUGGUGGUUUACUCUUAGAGCCUGCAAGAGCUCUGGACUGGGUGUGGCCUCCACUGGGGACUGGGCCCCCUGCCAGAGCCCCCUAGAGGCCAUCUCCCCCCCAGGACCCUCUGCACUUAAGCUGCCCACCCCAGGACUCUUAAGUCAAGAAGUUGUAUGCUCUCCAAUCCAGUUCAGCUUGGUGACAGGCAGGAGGGAAGGGAAGGAUUCCUAGAUGCCCACAGUGGGCCUGGUUUCCAAAGGCAAAGUGAAAAGCAGUUGGACUAAGUGAUAGUUAACUAUGAGAUGGGAGAAGGCUAGGGAUCCUGGAGGAAUGGAGAAAUCUAUCCAGGUGACAUUUGCAUCUUUUCUCUCCUCCUAGCUACCCAUCUCACUACUCCCAGGCCUGAGUUCCCAGCAGCUAGCCACUUCCUGCAGCCCACCUGGGUUUUCUUUCUCCCAAGGGGCUGGAGUCCUCAUUUCAGUCUGACAUUCAAGCCCAAAGUUUGGUCACAAAGCUGACUACUCCCAAGGUUGAAGACACCUAAAAAUCCAGAGGCAGCACCCAGGCUGCUGGCCCCUCAAUCUCUGCAGGAAAUGCCUGUGGAGUGCGGUUGUUUGGCAGUCUCCAGCACAUUAAGGAAGCUUGAAUUCAGCCAGUGUCAAGCAGAACAGCAGGCCUAGGCAGUGGGUCCUCAGCUUUGGCUAUGAGUGGCUGGAGCCCCCCCCCCAAGUCCUUGGUAACUAAGCUGAACUCUGCCCUCAUUGGCUCAGAACUGAGCCUAGAAGCUUCUGGCAAUCAAGAGCUGGAGAGUGAUUUGGAAUUAUUUUAAAAGAUAAAUACUAUAUUAUAUAUAUAUAUAUAUUUCCCUGAAGGAACCAAAGUGAAUUUUAAGCUGCAAUGUAGGGGGGUGAUAAUAAAAAUAUUUAAAGGCUCUGUUUACAGUGUUCCACGGUUAAACUUGCUCACUGCUAAAAAUAUUUGAAUGUAUGCUUCAUACAGGGAUGAUGUUCAAAAGACUUGUAAAUAAAGGAACCAUAACAUAA